CCAGAGAUGAGGUGAUUUGUCCCUUAGCGCUGGGCUUAUCGGCUCUCGGCCAUCGGAGUUCGUGAGUCUACUUAUAAGAUCCUCGAUGGUUCCGUCAUUUCAUUUUGCAGUGGCCGGAUAGACCACAAUGCGCGCUCAACUAUCUCAAGAGACACCAGGCCCCGCGGUCUCAGUGCACAUCCAUAUCGACCCCUUACCUUCGACAGAACAUAACAUGCAUCACUUGCCUAUUCUUAUCAUCGGCGCAGGUACCUGGGGUGCUUCGACUGCGCUUCACCUAGCCCGGCGGGGAUAUACUAACGUCACCGUGCUGGAUGCGUACGCGCAGCCCUCUGCUAUCUCAGCCGGGAAUGACGUGAACAAGAUCGUCUCAUUCAUGCAAUCCCCAGCGGAUGACGACCCGGAUUUCGCGAACCGGACCUUCUUCGCCGCCCUCAGCAAAGGGUUCCAGCACGACCCCGUCUUCAAGCCGCACUUCCACGAAGUCGGGUCCAUCACCUCGGCGUUUUCGCCCGGUGGCCUCAAGCAUAUCCACCGACGGAACCGUCCAGGCGACGAGGUAAUCGAGCUGAACACACCGGACGACUUCCGGCGGGCGUUUCCAGAGGGAAUCCUCACCGGUCCGCUGGAAGGGUGGAAGGGGUACUGGAAGAAGCGCGGCGCCGGGUGGGUGCAUGCACGCCACGCGCUCCUAGCGGCCAUCACAGAGGCGCAGCGUCUGGGGGUGAAGUUCAUCACGGGCGACCCGCAGGGCGCCGUCGUGCGGCUCCUGUUCGCAUUCUCAUCAUCCGGAGACGUGAUCGGGGCCGAGACAGCCGACGGCCAGCAGCACCUCGCGCACCGCGUCAUCCUAGCAGCGGGCGCCAACGCCGACCGCUUCCUAGAUUUCAAGAAGCAGCUGCGGCCGACGGCAUGGACGCUGGCGCACAUCCGCAUGACACCCUCCGAAGCCGCCGCAUACCGCAACCUGCCCGUCCUCUUCAACGCCGACCAGGGCUUCUUCAUGGAGCCCGACGCAGACCGCCACGAGCUGAAGAUCUGCGAUGAGCACCCGGGCUACUGCAAUUGGGUGUACGACGAUGAUGAUCCGGACCGCGGCGGCCAACCCCCCGAGCGCCGUAGUAUCCCUUUCGCGCGUCAUCAGAUCCCCCUCGAGUCCGCGGACCGUAUCCGCGCCCUCUUGCGCGCCACCAUGCCCCAGCUCGCCGAUCGGCCCUUCUCCUUCGCCCGUAUCUGCUGGUGUGCAGAUACCGUCGACCGCAACUUCCUCAUCGAUUAUCAUCCUGAUUAUCCUUCUUUGCUGCUUGCUGUCGGUGCCUCGGGUAGGGGCUUCGCGCAUAUUCCCUCCAUUGGUGGGUUUAUUGUUGAUCGGUUGGAGGGGAGACUCGAUGAGAGGCUGGCAGCCACGGUGCGCUGGCGGCCUGAGCUGGCGGUUGAUCGUGACUGGGAUGAUACGCUGAAUCGCUUUGGUGGCGAGUAUCGUGUUAUGGAUUUCAAUGAGUCUGCGGGUGUAAAAGGCUGA